AUACAACCAUACAACAAACCACAUAUUCAUCUCUCUCUAAUACAACAUAUUGAAAUUAAUAUCUCUCUCUAGAUACACACAUAUAUACAUCUUUCUUAGUUGUGAAAUAUGAAGAAUAUGAAUUCAAACUCCAUUUUGGCACUUGGUUUUCUUUUAUAUAUGCUUAUUUUCUCUCAUCCUUCAUCAACUCAAGCUCAAGAAGUUGAGGAUGAAAGGGAAUUUGAUUAUGCGAGAGGUAGCAAGAUGGGACCGGAGAAAUGGGGCGCGAUGAAGGAAGAGUGGUCGUUGUGUAGCAACGGGACGAUGCAGUCUCCCAUCGAUAUGUCGAGCCAAAGGGUGGAGAUGGUGGUCAGCUCUAAGAAGCUAUACAGAAACUAUAAGCCUUGUAAUGCAACCAUCCUUAACAGAGGCCAUGAUAUUAUGCUUCAAUGGGAAGGAGAUGCAGGAUCAAUCCUAAUCAAUGACACCGAGUAUUUUUUGAAACAAGCUCAUUGGCACUCUUCGUCUGAGCAUACCAUCAAUGGAAGAAGGUAUGACAUGGAGCUACAUAUGGUCCACCUCAGCAUUGACAACAAAAUAGCUGUCAUUGCUGUUCUUUACAAUAUUGGCAAACCUAAUCAUUUUCUUUCUAAGUUGGCGGUAAACAUAUCUUCUAUGAUAGAUCAAGAGGGUAUGCAUGGACACAGUGGGAUAAUAAAUCCCAGAGAGAUUCAAAUGAGCAGUAGGAGGUACUACCGAUAUAUCGGUUCACUAACGGUCCCUCCUUGCACUGAAAAUGUUGUUUGGACAAUUAGCAAAAAGAUAAGAACAGUUUCAAAAGAUCAAGUUAAAUUACUUCGAGAGGCUGUACAUGACUAUGCAGAAAAUAACGCAAGACCAAUACAACUAGACAAUCAACGAGACAUUCUUUUAUAUGGUCCAAUGUCGAGAUAGAAAUAGUAAAUAAAAACUACUGUACACACGAAAAUGUUAUGUAAUACAUGAAAUCUAUAUAUCUUUAACUUUUUUGUUAAAUUGUUUCAAAUUCUUUGUUUUUCACUUGUACACUAUUUAGUAGUUAUAUGAAAAUUAUUAUUAUUAUUAUUA